AUGAGUCGAAAUGAGAUGAUGAUGAGACGCCUAGGCCAAUUAGCGAGGGAACAUGCCACCGACGAGGGAAGGUCGCUAGAAGAAUUAAAGAAAACGAAAGAAAUCUUGAAGGGGGCCGAAUCACAACGACUCCGACGCUUUUGCACCUCCGAACGCAUGGUACCUGGACGCGACCUCGACGAAUUGGGAAAGGCCAUACUUAUGGGCGACUUUGACUAUGUCUCACUGGAUUUCUCGCGUCGUAUCGCAGAGCAAAUGAUGACACUAGGGAGGGAAAAGGCGUUUUCGGCUGCCGCUGAACAAUAUUAUAAUUUGCGAUGGGGUCCAACGGAAACACCCAUUUAUAAUCUUUUGGGACUAGCCAUGCAACUUGUUCCGAGUCAGAAGGAGGCUCAUUUCCAGUUGGCUCGUCUAUUUAUCAAGGCCAAGGUACCAGUGGACGGAACGGACUUGUCGGGAACCACUGCACUGUCGCACUGCUUCUCAACUAAACCGAGCUUCGAGCUAGAAUAUGCCCAGCUAUUGUAUGAUGCCGGAGGAGACGUCAAUCACAGGAAUAGAUACGGCGGCAUUGUCGCAGAAGAGAUCAUUAAAAUCUACGACCACCAUGACCGCGAGGUUGUUCGAAAGGCGACCGCUGCUUUGGAGUGGUUCUUGAACCAUGGUGGAAACGUCGACAUCGCAGACGGAGAUGGAUAUACUCCCCGGGACAUGUGUAAGCGCUUGGCAGGUCGUGUUCCAGCUCUUCUAUCUCUAGUUGAAAAGGAGGACGAAAAGAGGAAGGCGAAGGGAAAUUCGUGCUGUUCUCUGUGCGGCCGUGACGAAGAGAAACUUCUCACCUGUGGUAAAUGCAAGAAGGCCAAAUAUUGUGCUCCUUCAUCCCGCGCUUGCCAGAAGUUAGACUGGCCGAAACAUAAGAAGGAGUGCAAAGCAUCAGGUAUUGUAAUCCUUUGCGACUUUCAGGCUUCUUUUCACAUCUAA